CGACAAUAUCGGCGGAGUAAGGGUGGUUGAAGAAGAGGAUCUAAAACGAGGUUCAUGUAGAACCCAACCCCCAAUUGUAUUUUUGAACGAGCAACGAGAAACGCAGGCGCUACAACGAUCAAUAAACACACGAAGUCGAGGGCAAGAUAACAGUAGCUUACAGGUUCGCAGAUAGUAAGCGUAUAUUUUGGAUAAAAAAAAAAAAAAAAAAAAAAAAUUAAAAUCAGGCACCGGCUCAACUUGUGAGGCUGCAAAGCAGCUCCUGCAGCAUGCAACCGCCUCCAAGAAAAGGAAAUUAUGCAAAGUUUCUCAAAAAUGUACACGCAGAACAGGCCGCGAAAUUGCAGGCCAAGAAUCAACACGAGUGCGACCUGUUGGAGGAUAUCCGUAAUUUCACCAUAAAAAAGUCAGCCAUUGAAAAAUCCUACUCUGAGGCGUUGCUGAAGAUAUCCUCGGCAUAUCUAAACAAGAAGAUUCCAAACAUUCCUGAUAUUAAGGUCGAUGGAGCAGAGGAAAAAUGGAAUAUGUGGAAUGUCUGGAGAACGGUCCUGGAGGAAAACGAGAAACUUGCUCGGGCUCGACUCGCUGCCGUUGAAGUUUUUCAGCAACAAAUUGCUGACGAUGCCAAGGUCCUGCGAAUGCACAAGCUUCAAAUUUCCAAAAAGGCCAUCGAUCAAUUAAUGAUAGUACAAAAGGAGCUGCAAACUUGUGUACAAGAUGUGGAUAAAACGAAAAAAUUGUACUUCGAUGAAGAGCACUGUGCUCGAGAUGUACGGGACAAGGCAAAGGAUAUUGAAGAAAAGCUCAAGAAAAAGAAGGGUUCGUUUUUUCAAUCAAUCACGUCAUUGCAAAAGAACAGUGCCAAGGUGAGUUCAAAACGAGAUGCUUUAGAGGAGAAAUCGACAGGAGCACGUAACGAUUAUUUGUUGAGUUUGGCUUCUGCAAAUGCGCAUCAGAACAGAUAUUUUGCAAUCGAUUUGCAAAAUACAAUGCAGUAUUUAGAGCAAGGUGUAUACGACAAGGUAGCCGAAUAUUUGACACUUAUGGGCCGUACAGAGCUUUUAACUUGUUUGGCAAAACAAAAUAGUUAUGGAAUAAUUCGCGACCAAGCACAACAGCUUACCAGAGAAUACAACAUUAAAUGUUGUUGCUUGUAUUAUCCUGUUUUGAAGCAACACAUUCAAUAUGAUUACGAGCCAUGUGACAACGAUCCCUUUGACAAAGUGACUGCCGAUCAUUCAGCUGCAUCAUCCCUAGGAAAAGAAGCUCGUCGUUGGGCAACGAGAAUAGCUCGAGAAGUUGGCAGUAUUAGAGAAAAUAAUAGAAAAUUACAAGUUCUUUUUCAACUUAAAGAAUCGGGUCAAAAGACCGAUCCAAAUGAUCCAAAUGGCCCUGACAUUGACACCAAGAUAGAUGAUGUGAAGCACAAUAUCCGACGUGCCGAGACAGCAAAAAUGAAAGCAGAAGCCAGAUUAGAAUGUCUUCGUAAUGGAGGAGUCAACGUAGAUGAAUUCAUGCAAGAAGUGGAAACACUAAAUGUUCAAGAUAUUCCCCGGUCAGCGAGUUCCCUUUCAGUACGCACAGACGCUUCCGGAACUGCGGAGCAUCCAUCAUCGGAUUCAUUUUACGAUAGUGACGGCGAUGGUGGAAGUGAUUUAACAACUGUCGAAAGACCCGGAAGUGUGCGCACUUCUUUGCCUCAUGAAGAAGACUCUGGCGAAGAUAGACAGAGGCACGACAGUUCGGAAGUUGAUGCUCUAUUGGAACAAGAACAGCAACGAAUAGAAGAUAUUACCGCUGGUUGGGAUGAUCCAGCGAAUUUAGAUUGGAGCAAGUUGGAUGAAGAUGAAUCGGCCAUAACACAAGAAACAGCCGAUGUGCCUUCUGAUCAACAAAUUUUCAAGUGCACAGCUCUUUACUCGUACAAUGCACAAAAUCCGGAUGAAUUGACUAUAGUUGAAAGUGAACAAUUAGAAGUAGUUGGCGAAGGUGAUGGUGAUGGUUGGUUGAGAGCAAGAAAUUAUCGUGGCGAGGAGGGAUUUGUACCGCAAAAUUAUCUUGACGUUGAAAGAGAAACAGAGACACAAAGUAAUCUUGUUUCACAUGGACCAGGAUUGGUACAGCAAAUUUCAUUUUCAUCUGUUGAUUAUACAAUUGAUGAUCAUGAUGCUGUUGAUCCUGAUGCACAUAUACAGGCAACUGCUCAAGAUUCGUUUGUACAAAAUCAUAUAGGUACUGAAGAGUGGUGCAUUGCUCUGUAUGAUUAUGAUGCUACUUGUGAUGAGGAACUCACUUUUAUUGAAGGGGAAAUAAUUAAAGUAUUGAGGAAAGAACCUCAUGAUGUUGAUGACGGUUGGUGGGAAGGUGAAUUACGAGAUCAAAAAGGCCUAUUUCCAUCUUUAGUCGUAGAACCUUGCGCACCGGACGGAUCACCUUUGUCAGAAUUAGAGGACGAUGUAACACCACCUAGUUUUGCACCUCCUCCAGAACAUACACCACCUGAAGUUCCGGAUUAUGUCUUAACCGAUGAAUUUGAACACUCGGAAUUGAAUGAUUCAGGAGGAGAUAAACCAGCUUUUGUAAGUGAGAGAUCAGGUUUUGCAAUGAAUCUCACAAGGAAUCAAAAAGAACAAUACGGUAUGCAAUUUGAUGAUGAAAAUAACGAAAAAGUCGAAGCUCCGGGAAUAACAGAGGAAGCUAAAGAGGAAUCAAAUGCAACAGUUGAAAAGGCGAAAAAGAAGACAGCAAAAAAGAGCGAAGACUCCAAUAACAUUGGUCUUGGUGUAGCACAAAUUGUCAUUACAGCUGCAACUCCAAUGGAAGAAAUAGAGCAUCCUUUCCCAGGCGAAGAAAAAGAUGAUGAGGAGAAAAAAUCUGAUGAAGAAAAAGACGACGAAGAAAAAGAACAAGACACAAUCGUGGAAGCUGUUCAUGAAGAGGAAAUGGAAAUAAAACCAGACGAACCAAAAUCACCACUACCAAAUGUUCUCGAAGAAAUUGAAGAAAAAGUCGAUGAUCUACCAGCCGAUUCAGGACCAUUUCCAGUGAGCAGUAGUUCAGGUAGCGAUGGUGCUGAAUCAAUAUCAGGACCUAGUACAGCAGAAAAUUCACAAUCACUACCUGCUCGCGCUCCUUCUGCUACUACCACUGCUACUGUUGUUGAAUCCGAAUCACAAGCCGAAAAUGAACCUGAAAAUGAACCCGAAUCACCGGAAAUAAUUCCAAAUAAAAUGCUCGUUGGCGGGAGAGCGAGUAUUCCCGAUGAAUUACAACCCGAUCAAUUGGAAAAAUUACAAAGCCUAAAAGAGUCUAACGCCUAGGAUUGACAAAACCUCGGAGAAAUAAAUGACGACGACGACGACUGUUAUGCCUUAACAGAUAAAUGGGCUCUUCCAAUAAAUCAUCGGAAUAAAUUCCAACAUCUUUUGGAAUUUUGGAAUUCUCCUGAGGUCAUCAUUGCGAAAAAAGACUAAUACUUGCUACAUAAUUAAACUGACAACUGGAUAUUUUUAUGUUAAUAUUAUUAUGUACACAAUUUUUGCUAGGCAAAUUAACUUCUAGUAAAAAAAAAAACUACCUAAGUAAGUUGCGGUUUUUGCAACAAAAUUUACAAAAACAAUUAUGU